UAAUAAUAUGUAAUUUGCCCUAGAAUUUACGAUGACUGAUAUUUUUACAAACACGUGAGAAAUAUAACAUGACUAGUCGCGUGACUAUUUUUCGUUAUUUUUAUUUUUAUUUUCUUCUGGAGUUUAAAUUUUUUUUAGCAUCAUCUGAACCCUAAUAAGCAAAUCAAGCAUAUGAUUAAUUAAGUAAGCUUUACCAUGACAAAUACAGAGAACACAACUAAAGGAAAGAUAAAACAGAGGAAACCUCAAACUGAAGAAGAAUUCCAAGCUCAAAAGGCCAAUUUUGAAAGUAUUGGACCCGUUAUAAAUACUCAAGAUUGGUUCUUAAAUGAUGAAACUUUACAUAAUCUACAGAAAGAUCAAAAGAUUGAUAGGAAAUUUAUAUUGAAUAGUGUUGAAUUACUUUAUUUUAGAAAGGAGUUUGAAAAAUGUUUGAAUUUCAUUGAAACGUAUGCUGAAUCAAUGUAUGGGAUCAAUACUAAUGAUGAAGGAGAUAAAACUACUAUCAAAAAGAUUGAUAAAGAUUAUCAACUGAUUGUUUAUAUCAAAUCGAAAUGUACUGAAAAGUUACAUCAAAGUCAACAAGAAUCCUUAUGAUCUCUCUUAUGCAAUCCAACUGUAUAUU